GGGGCUGGGAGCCAGGACGCCUGGGUUCUAUAUUCAGCCCUUCCGCAGUGUUUGUACUGUGGGCUAGUUUUUUUUGGUUUCACUUUCAGUCGAGCCCUGAGGGGAGCGGAGAUGAUGCCCUGCGAUGCUGGGAUCCAGAUUCGGUUUGGGAUUCGGAUCCUGGCCUUGAUUCGGAUCCCGGCCUUGAUUCGGAUCCUGGCCUUGAUUCGGAUCCCGGCCUUGAUUCGGAUCCCGGCCUUGAUUUGGAUCCCGCUCUUGGUCCUGCUGAUCAGCGGAGGUUUUUGGCUGCUUCACCCCAGGAGGAUCCAACUGAGGCAGCCCCCGCAGGGCACCCCUGACCCCAGGCCCGGCCCUGUGGAGCUGAGCGACGGGACCUUCACCUUCCGCUUGGAUUUCGCCGCCUUCCGGGCCGAGUUCCCCCAGCUGCAGAGCUACCAGUGCCAGGAGCGGAUCCCAGGGGACGGGGUUUGCACCGGGCCUCCAGGGCCGCCCCUGCUGCUCCUGGCCGUGAAAUCCCACCCAGCGUCCAGCGCCAGACGGGCCACCGCCCGCCGCACGUGGGCCCAGCCCAGGGUCCUGGGGGGCUACCGGGUCCGACCCGUCUUCCUCGUGGGGGUGUCCCCCGACCCCCGGGACAUGGCCCUGCUGGAGUGGGAGAGCGGGGAGUUUGGGGACGUGGUGCUGUGGAAUUUCACCGAGAGUCACCACAACCUGUCGCUCAAGGAGCGCUGCUUCCUGCACUGGGUGGGGGCGCACUGCGGGCAGGCGGAUUUCAUCUUCAAAGGGGACGAUGACGAGUUUGUGAACCCCCCCGCUAUGGUGGCCUACCUGAGCCAGACGCCCAACGCCUCCCACGUCAUCCACGGCAACAUCCAGCGCCAUGCAGUCGUGAUGAGAGGGGGGAAAUAUAACGUCUCCCCCGCCCUGUUCCCCCAGGACAAAUACCCCUUCUUCCCCUCCGGGGGCGGGUUCAUCAUGCCCAGGGCCAGUGUCCCGGCCCUGGCCGUGGCCUCCGAGCGCAUCCCCGUCUUCCCGCUGGACGACGUCUACUUCGGCUUCCUGGUGCUGGCUGCCGGGCUGCGGUACCGGCACGAUGACCGAUUCCGGGUCUUUGGCAUGAAGGACGAGCAGUGUCUGUACGCGGAGGCCUUCGUGGUGCACGGGGUGUCGCUGGGCAGGGUGGAGGAGGUGUGGAAGGGAUUGUACGAGGAGCAACAGUGCAAUGGGAUGGGGCCUCUCCCCUCUUAGAGGCGCAGGGAAGGGGGCAGGGACUUGUCCCUUCUAGGGGGCACUGGCUCCCACCCCGGCCCCAGGGCGGGGACUGGCUGGUUCCGGGGGGCAGGGAAUGGGGCCAUAGGGGAGUGGCUGGGUGAGUGUGAUGCUCUGUACCUCGGGGGAACACCCAGGUCCCCAUGUUCAUGGUUGUAAAAUGAUUGUGUGGUGUCCAAUGCUAACCCACCACCUAUCCAGCACCCCUGCUCCUUGUCCCCUAAGUGCCCCCCCUGGGACUCCAGCACCUAUCCAACCCCUCUGCUCCUUCUCCCCUGACUGCCCUGACCCCUAUCCACACCCGCGCCCCCUGACAGGCC